GGGAGGGCCAAUUCCAUGAGUACACAUAAAACUGCACAGCCACCACAAGUUGCUCUAGACAAAAGCUUUGUCUCCCAAGACAGCUUGUGCAGCACUGAAUCGAGCCACACGACAACAGCAACCAUGAAGUUCCAAGCUCUUUUCUUUCUCCUGCUCCUCACCUGCAUGUACCUGAGUCUUGCACAAGGCUCGUACGGUAACUGCUGCCUCGGUUAUGUUAACGAGAUGAGGGCGAAAGCAAAGAGAAACAUUGAAAGUUAUCGGAUUCAGGAAACAGAUGGUGAUUGCAACAUCAGAGCUGUUGUGUUUCUGAUGAAGAGGAAGCCUUCACAUCGAAAACAGAUGACUGUUUGUGCCAAUCCACAUGAGAUGUGGGUCCAACAGCUCGUUCAGAUUGUGGACAGAAAAAUGGCGACACAAAAUUAGCCAGGACAGAACGAGGAAAAUGAUGGAAAAGAGAGAAGAGCAGAUGUUUCACCUCCCUGUCAGGCAUCAUGUAUCACCGAGAACCCAACAGAUCAUGUUUCAGUAGCUUUGGUAUUUCCUGUUGCCGACAGAGAAUGUAAAUGUACAGCUUCCUAUAAGAACACAACAUAUGCUAAAUGUUAUAGCCAGCAUAGCAAAAUUCAUUUAUAUGAGCCAUUACUAUGAUAUUGUUCAUUGCUCUGUGAAAAGUAGCACCUGCUAGUAAUGAGCCACUGUUUGGCAGCUUUGAAAUGUAUUUGCAGAGUGUCUAAGUGUGUGCAAUGUGUAUGUAAAAACAACUGUGGGGAUAAGCUGAAGGUCAUUUUAUACAAAAGAUUUCCAUAUUUUUGUAUCAGCCUUAUAAUUGUACUUUGUGUCUUCCUAUAUCAAAUAAAGAAGCAAUGCAAACAAGA